GCGAGGAACUCAGCUGCGACUGCGACGCGCGCCCCGCUCUCCCGCUGCAGCUCCCGCGCCUCCUGUUGCUCCUCUGGACCGCCGCUUCCCGCCGGGCGCCCAGGGUAGGCGUCCCCAGAGUGCCAGCUCCCGGGCAGUCUCCCGCCUUCCUCCUCUUCCCGCGCUCGAGUCUCUCGGACGGCCCGGAACGUCCCCAAGAGCGCGGACGCCCGCGAGCUCCAGUGCGCCGCGGAGUGCGCGCCGAGACCCUGGGCGCCGCGCCGCGAUGAACGCGACCUUCCUGAACCACAGCGGCCUGGGGGAGGUGGAAGGCGUGGGCGGCAGCGCCGGGGCCGCCUUGGGGAACCGCAGCCACGGGCUGGGCACGUGGCUGGGCUGCUGCCCCGGGGGCGCACCGUUGGCUGCCAGCGACGGGAUCCCCGCGGGGCUGGCGCCCGACGAGCGCAGCCUGUGGGUGUCGCGCGUGGCGCAGAUCGCCGUGCUCUGCGUGCUGUCGCUCACCGUGGUCUUCGGCGUUUUCUUCCUGGGCUGUAACCUGCUCAUCAAGUCAGAGAGCAUGAUCAACUUUCUGGUGCAGGAGCGUCGGCCCUCUAAGGACGUAGGCGCCGCCAUCCUGGGGCUGUACUGAACGCCACCCCGGCCCGGCCCCUCCAGCGCCGCUGCAGCAAGGAGAAGGACCCGAGAGACCAGGACUCGUCCCCCGCUGUGGGCUCUGCCGCCGCCUCCGGGCGGGCAGCUCAUGGGGCAGCGACGUGCCUCUGGGCGCCCGGGCCCGGGGACGCAGCGGGACUCGCGGCGACGGCGCGGGAAGGGACUUCCACGCCCGGCUCGGUCCUGUGUGCGCUUCAGCGUUGGAGGGUGGGAGGUUGGGGGAUGGGGGUUCUUAACUAGAUUUAUUAUAAAAACAAAAAGUUCGGGGCAGUGGGAGUGAGUGCGAGGCAAUUUGGGGCUGAGGUCGGUAGCGUGGGAGUUGUGUGUGUCUGUGGGUGGGGCGGCGUGCGGGCGGGUUCCCAGCAGGGUGCGGGGAGUGUGGUUGACGAUCUGGAGAAUCCGAGUCGCUCCUCUUGUUUGGCCUGAUUUUGCAAUUGAAAAGAAAUCUUGCAAUAAAACUGCAACCGGAGGGCUUCGGGAGACUUUGCACCCCCGCGCGCGCCUGUGUGUGUGUGUGUGUGUGUGUGUGUGUGUGUGUGUGUACGCGCGCACGCGGGCGUGUUAGCGUGUGUGUUGGCGGGGGAGGAGGGAGGAGUGGCGUGUACCCUAGUGGCGGGCACUUUGAGCCCGUCGGGAACCAUCGGGAAGAAACCAGCCCCCGCGUAGGACGCUGGCUGGGGAGCCGUCUGGCAGGUCGGGACUCCGGGGGCUGAGCGCCAAGGCCAGAGCGCAGAAAUGGAAAAGGAACUGUUGUCUACGCCGCCGACAGCGGAGGAGGCAGGUCCUGUGGGGCAGCCAGACAGCUAGUGAGAUUAAUUAAACCACUGGAAAUUUGACUCUUCUGUGAGAUGAAACAAAAUCAGCGAGUUGAGUCCGAAAGGGGGAAAACAGUACAAUUAGAUCAGGAUAGUGAACAAGCAAAAUUCAAUUUGGCAGAGGGGAUAAAGCUAGAUCCAGUUAAAAAUCUAAUUAUGAGGCCAAAAGCCCCAUGCAAGGGCUCGUUUGGAGCCCACCCUCACACAGGGCAGGCGAGUAGACUGGGAAGAAACCCCUUUGUUGCAUUGGGGAGCGCGGGCGGUUCUCUGUGUGAGGACAACUCAGGACACGGAAAAGGGAGAAAAUGGCCUCCAAAUGCAGUUGUCUUCAGGGGUCUUGGAACCUCCCCUUAGGAGAUGCUCCCAGCCGCCCAGAAACCAGGCUGCCUGCAGGUAUGAACGUCCCUUAGAGCAGUGUGAAGCAGGAAGAACCUUGGCACUCACGGGUCAAAGGGGAGGGGGUUGUUCUGCUGUCUCCAGCGUCUGGUCUGCCGCAGCGCUGGAGCUGGGGGCGCCCAGGGAGAGAAGGCUGGGCUUUCUGGCCUCUGCCUCCACCCCUAGCCCGUAGUGCCAAAGCCACCCAGGCACCUGGUACUUGGAAGACUGGGGGAGGGCAUGCUAAUAGAUUGCUUCCUCUCUUCUCUCUCUUGCCAUGGGUGGAAGCCAGGGAGAAUGAGGAAGAAGAUGGCUGAGUCCUUAGCUGGCUUUGGGAACAGAAGCAAAGCCAACGCUGUCUCCUGUCUUUGGCACUAGUUCCAUUAGGGAGGGGUUGGCAGGGGGCGUAUCUCAAAAGCACAGAUGGUCACCGACUAUGAAGGAUCUGGAGUCUUCCUGGCUCCUGAGCUCUCCUGUGUAGUCACAAUCAUCAUUAUCAGGAUGAGUCCCCUUCCUGCCUACCCCACUGUCCCCAUCUCAGACUUGGGAGGAUUUAUUCAGUUGGACGGGCCUGGCCAGUGAGGUCAGAGGCCAGAGACUCCUUGUAAAGUGUCUAUGGGGCAAAACCCCCAACGUGGAGAAUGUCCUAUUGAUGGUCUGGUGUGACUUGCAGCCUGGUGUGGGGACAGCAGCCCUUAAUGCUUCAGGCACCCCGGAUAUCUGGCACCCCGUACAUCUGUGUACGGAGGUAGCACAGGUGUCUGCAGCCUGGGCUGCUCACGCAGCAAAACCCCAAAGGACCGGAAACGGGUUUCAGAAGGAGCACAGACUUUGACACUUUUCUGCCUGGUCAAGUUAGAACAAACAUCCAAGAACUUUCCUCUAAUAAAAUACAUCUGCUACAAAAUGUGACUGAGGCGACAGGAGGGUAAUUCAAGAGUUAAUUUCCUGAAUUUGCUGAAAAAGCAAAGCCUUAGUGGGGAAGCUUUGCAUGAUUUCCUCACUAUUUAGGAACAGUGGGGGGGGGGCAGUGAAGACAUGUCUGUGUGCUCACAGGCGGGUACUCACCAAGCCUUGGUGUACGAGACUGCACACGGGCACGUGGGCGUGAGGGUGUGCCCACGCAUGCAGGCUCAGGCCUCAGGGAGGAAAACAGCAAGUGGGAGUGGGGUUCUGGGAAGGGGUGAGGGUGAAAGACCACAUCUGUAACCCGUCUUAGUUCUCCCCAAGCCCUACAGGCCUAUAGGGUGUUUACUGAGCUGCCUUAUAUAAACCCCGGGCAAGGGGGCAGGGACACUGAGUUAUGUAAGAUAGGAGCAAAUGGGAACACUGCUCCAAGGAAGGGCCAGACUGGAUCAGAAUCCGGAGCCACCAGGGUGGAGCACGAAGAAGUGGCCUGGUUCUCAAAAGCCCACCUCCCACCACAUCCUGGGUAUCGGGAGCUCUUCCCAGGAUUCACUGGCCAAAUCCCAGAGGGCCUUGGGUUCACAAGAGAGAAGGCCUGGGAUCCUGGUCUUUGAAAUCCUGGCUGCCCUGCUGCCAGCUCUGUGACUUUGGGGAAGUAGCACAACCUCUCUGUGCCUCAGUUUCCUCAUUUACAAAAUGGGAGUAAUAGGACCCAGAGCUCCCAUGACAUGAGGUGUGUAAAAUAGCCAGCACAGGGCAAU